UUUAUUUAUGGCGAACGAUAACGACCGCAUCGCUGAUCGCAUGAUCUCAAUGUUUCCCAGAGAUCGAAAAGCCAUACAUCAAUGGUACACCAAAGAAGACGAAUACGGUGCCAAGCUUUGGGACAUCGAGCCCGCUGCACAGGUCAUUGGCAUCACAUCUAAUGGUGCUCUUGUGCUGGAUAGAUGUCGGGCGGCGGCCAUUAGGUGGAAGAACUUCCCAUCCGUCGCGUUUGCUACGAGGCGCUCGAUCCGAAAAAUUGUGGCACUCAUAGUGCCGUACUUGUGCAUGAUCCUGAUCGUGGCGGGUAUUGCCUUGAACAGACUUGGGUGUGGGACCAUCUUUGGUCUGUGUAACAUAGAAAGAGACUUGCGUGAUCCCAUAGCAGCGGCAGGCCUUGGCCUACUGAUCAGCUCAAUCGUUCUGAUGCUUUUUGCACCAUGCUUGACAACUUAUGGACACUCCGGUCGAGUAGUCUCUGCUCGUCCGUGGCUGAUUGGGGUGAGGGGAGUCAUCUCUGCCCAACAAGCUUCCAAGUGCCUGUAUGGAGGUCAGGUGGGCAAUUCUCGUCGUACCUUUUACACCCCUUCAGGUUCGUUGUUGGCGAAACCAACGACAAGUAAUUCCAAAUUCCGCGAAGGCCACGUUUCGCAAUACAAAGCAGCUCUUGCAGCUCCACCAUUUGACCCUAUCGAAGGCCACAUGUUCACCCUCGUCGAUACUGUAUCUGGGACGAUCUACUACUUCCGCGCGCAUAGGCCACCCACGGUUUGCCUGUUUACGGGAGCAGAGGGUGGACAAGGGAGGUUUGUUCUGUGUAGUGGGAAGUGCAGCAGUAGCGAGCUGCAACGCGAGACGGUGCUCCGUAUGCCGAGCUUCAUCUCGACCUACAUGCACACAUGUGAUUGGUGUUGGAUGUUAAACAUCGACGUAUUUCCUUUUCUCUGUUUCCUUUCUCUGUUUCCUUUCUCGAUUUCUCGAUCAUGAUCACGGACCCUUUAGAAUAGAUUAUAAUCUUAUUGUUUCGCACUGUUUGUACCUCAGCGGUUAUUCUCCAACGCUGAGGUAUGGUUCAUGUUCACAUAUGCACGCCGUCUCUCACUUACACUAUUUCGUCUCUAGACGUGUCCUUUAGGGAUUAUCAAUACACAGCGGUUAUUCUCCAACGCUGAGACGUGUCCUUUAGUUUCUACUUUCUACAGGUUAUGAGCCCCGGCUUCAUUUAAGCCAGACAACCGAAACUUUAAACACAAUUCACUCACGUGCUGCCCGCCGCUCACAUAAUUCACAUUUACCAACGACGGUAUCGUUAUGGGUAAACAUGAC